AAGUGCUUUUUGGGUUUCUGGGUCACUCGCGGUAGAAAACCCGGCACUAUAUAAGACUUGCCGGCGACGGCGUGAGACCGAGAACCGGACAAUAAGCUGAGAGCGUCGACUUGAAGUGGAAGAAUCGCUGACUUUACUGCAACGAAAAUGACCGCAGCUGCCGUGUCGCUGUGCCUCCUGUUUCUCCUGUCUGUGUGUUCGGCGUGUUACAUUUCCAACUGCCCCAUCGGUGGAAAGAGAUCCAUCAUGGACGCGCCGCUGCGGAGGUGCAUGUCUUGCGGCCCCGGGGACAGGGGCCGCUGCUUCGGCCCCGGCAUCUGCUGCGGCGACGGCUUCGGCUGCCUGCUGGGCUCCGCGGAGACGGCCCGCUGUGCGGAGGAGAGCUACCUCCUCACGCCCUGCCAGGCGGGGGGGCGGCCCUGCGGGGCCGAGGGGGGCCGCUGCGCCGCCGCAGGGCUGUGCUGCGACGCAGAGAGCUGCGCCACGGACCAGUCCUGCCUCGCCGAGGAGGACGGGGACGAGCAGAGCAGCCACUAUGAGGGCGGCGACCCCGGCGACCUCAUCCUCCGGCUGCUGCAUCUGGCCGGUCACCCUUCUCCUCACCAGGGCCACCAAUGAGCUGCUCCCACGGCCCGCGGGCCCACGCGGGCCCUGUAGUUUUAGCCGAUUCCUCCCAUUUCUGUGUGUGCCAUCGUCGUCCUGACUGUGCCCUCCUCCUCGGGGGCAUUUCUGUAGAGUGCCUUUGUCUAUGUGUUUUUUUUAUGCAUGAAAAUCCGGUUGAAUGUCAACAGCGGCCGCUCAGAUUGUGCACGACGAAGUAAAGUUUUAACAGAGUAUUAAA